CUACCUAGUCUGCAAGAUGACAUUUAAUAGGUUGUUUUGACGUUUUAUAGGUUCUUUACAUAUUACCCGUAUCGAGCGGUACUUCUCAAGUUAUAACUGCUUAUAAGAUUCGCGGACAGACCGAGAGGCUGACAGACAGAUCGACCGAAAUGAAUGACAUGGUUUUUCGUGAUAUACAUGUCAUAACAUCCAAAAAAACAUAUCUCAUUUUUCAAAAUUUUCGCGAAUACAAUACUUCGCCGCCAGUAAGCGUGGGAAGUAAAAACAAUAUGCAACCCCACUGAACCAGGACCAUAUUGGAAUCAGGUAAUUGUGCCAAAUCAGGGCGUGUUAGCCCGCGGUGAACCGUGGAGUCUGCGGCUGCGCUCGGCGCGACGAAGAGAGGUCGGCCCCAGCAGGAGGCGGUGGACGUGCUGGGCGUGUCCGCUGCUGCGAAGUCGCCGGCCGGCUCUGCAGCCGCACCGUUUCUCGCCGCCCCUGCACCAGGUGCUGCCCCCGUGCACCAGGCACCGCCCACGCACGCCGCCUCCACAGCACCCUUGAAGAAGGCGCGUUUGGACGCCGCGAUCGCUAUGGAAGCACCUCCGCUGGGCGUCGCGCUCAGCCAGAGCAUGGACAGCGUCAACACUAAUAACGGAGAGGAAGAGGU